AUGGUGGGUGACGACGAUGCUCGACCUCCGUGCCACCUUUCGUCUAACCGGAAAAUGUUUUGGCGCUCAGCUUCGUGGUCGUCUGCUCGUUCCUCCGAUGAACCGGAGUCGAAUUUUGCUGAUCCCAAUUCAAAUUCAGGUGAAGGGAAUAAUAAUAAUACCAACCGGAGAUUUCCCCCGCCUCCAUUGACGCCGAGGAGCCAGCAGAAUUGUAAGGCGAGGUCGUCGUGUUUGCCGCCACUUCAGCCGCUUUCGAUUGCUCGCCGGAGUUUGGACGAGUGGCCGAAGGCGAGUUCUGAUGAUAUCGGGGAGUGGCCGCAACCGCCGAUUACUCCUGGUGGUGGUAGAGGUAAUGGUAAUGGUAAUAGUAGUAGUGUUAAUAAUAAUAAUGGUGAAAGGUUGAAACUUGAUUUGUCUUCUAUUCAGCAGAAUAGUAAUCAUGAUGGUAGGAGUAAUGGGGGGCUUGUGAAGAGAGAUAAGAUUGCUUUUUUCGAUAAGGAGUGUUCUAAAGUUGCUGAUCAUGUUUAUCUUGGUGGUGAUGCUGUUGCUAAGGAUAGGGGUAUUUUGAAAAAGAAUGGGAUUACUCAUGUUUUGAAUUGUGUAGGUUUUGUGUGUCCGGAGUAUUUCAAAGCUGAUUUUGUGUAUAGAACUUUGUGGUUACAAGAUAGUCCUAGUGAGGAUAUAACUAGUAUUUUGUACGACGUGUUUGAUUACUUUGAGGAUGUUAGGGAAAAGAAUGGGAGGGUGUUUGUUCAUUGUUGUCAAGGGGUGUCGAGGUCGACUUCUCUUGUUAUUGCUUACCUUAUGUGGAGGGAAGGGCAGAGUUUCGAUGAUGCUUUUCAGUUUGUGAAGGCGGCGAGAGGUAUUGCUGAUCCGAAUAUGGGUUUCGCUUGUCAAUUGUUGCAGUGUCAGAAAAGGGUUCAUGCGUUUCCGCUUAGUCCUAGCUCUUUGUUGAGAAUGUAUAGGAUUGCUCCUCACUCACCGUAUGAUCCUUUGCAUCUUGUUCCGAAGAUGUUGACUGAUCCGUCUUCGUCUGCGCUUGACUCUAGGGGUGCGUUUAUAGUGCAUAUUCCAUCUGCAAUAUAUGUUUGGAUUGGCAAGAAUUGUGAGGCUAUCAUGGAAAGGGAUGCCAGAGGGGCUGCGGGACAGAUUGUCCGGUAUGAGAGAGUGCAAGGAUCUAUUAUUAUGAUUAAGGAAGGUGAGGAACCACCUUCUUUUUGGGAUGCUUUUUCGAAGUUUUUGCCUUUGAUGGACAUAUCUGGAAGUGGAGUAGAAAGUAGCAAAACAAGUUUUAAAAAUUUCCCUGGUGAGAGGAAAGUAGAUGCAUACAAUGUUGAUUUCGAAUUUUUUGGAAAAGCCAUCGUGGGAGGUUUUGUGCCUCCGUUUGCGUCAUCAGAAAAUGAACAUGAAACCCAUCUUCCUGCAAGAGAGAGUAGCUGGAGUGUUUUAAGACGGAAAGAUUCCUCCGCAAAUGUGAAGGAGUUUGUCUCAGCCCCUAAAUUAUCCUUACCGCGGGUUUAUUCAGAUUCCGUGUUGUGUAUUCAUGCAUCUUCAAUUUCAUUUCCAUCCCCAUCAGCGUCGUCAACAACAUCAUCUUUAUCAUCAUCCUCUUCACCGCCUUUUGUCUCUCCAGAUUCCGUUUCUUCUGAUUCUAGCAAUCACUCAAAGUUUUUGUUAGAAUUGUCCCCAGAUUCUUCCUCUCUAGUUUUUGCUCCCGUUCCGGUAUCUUCAUCUUUGUCUAACUUCUCUAAUUUGUCCCUCUCGUCAAAUUCUACAUCUCUAGCAGUGUCUAACUGUACAGAUAUCUAUGAUGUCAAAUUAUCAAAUCCAUCUUCUCAGUCUGCCUCUUUACCAUCAAAAAAAUCAUCGACUUCCAUUGCUGAACGCAGAGGUAGCUUAUCAAAGUCUUUGAAGUUGCCUCUAAUGAACGAUAAGACUCAAGUAAUAGAUAAUCCAUCAACUAUUUGUGCUGGUCGGGAACACGGUGUUCUCAGUAACAGCAAAUUUAGCUGUGUACAAGAUUCAGACAGUAUAGACUAUUUGUUCGAGUCCACCAAUCAUCAUCAUGUCAAAGACAGAGCUGAGCCUUCCGUAGAUAGUUUGUCAAGAGAAAAUUUGAAGUCUACCGCGUCAAAGGGAACUAUUGAGAGUGGCUCAUUGCAAUGUACUAGGACACAAACUUUAGCAUACCGCUGGCCUAGUUUAGAAAAGAUCGAGACAUUUGCUUCAAAUCAUUUGAGUUCUGAGGCUGCUUUUGUCAUAUUCUCUCCAAGUAUACUUAUGCAGGCAGGAAAUAUUUUAUAUCUAUGGGUAGGGAGCUCUUUCAAACUGGACGCUUCUUCACAGGAUUGGUUAGAUAGUGAUAGAGAGUCUGAUUUUCUUGGAACUGUUGACUGGAACCGAAUUGGCUGUGAUCUUCUUGUUCAGUUUAAUUUGCCGAAGAAUACAGUUACUAAGAUUGUUAAAGAGAAUGAAGAACCCCAGGAGUUCCUUGCUUUGCUGAGUUCAUUGUAG